AUGUUGCGGCGUAUUGUUGCUGUUGUUGUAAGUACUCGAAACUCGUCAUUUCCUUCUCAUCCAAGAAUUCGUUUAUAUUCGAGUAGGAAUUUGCUGCGUGAAAGAAAAUUCCAAGCUUUUGAUAUGAUUCGAUAUGCUUCGACUGAAAAGACGAAGGUUGAGAAAACGUUAGAAAUGUUGAAAGAUGAUUUGAAACAAGAACAGUCCGAAAAAGAUCGCUCGAAAGAGCGUGAUCUUAAUAAAACAAUAGCCAUUAAAGUGCCACUGACGAAAAGGAUUAUGAAUGAAUUGAAACAUUAUUAUCAUGGAUUCCGAUUAUUAGCGUUGGAGGUUCGUUUAAGUUCAAGAUAUCUUUGGCGAGUAGCACGUGGUCAUUCAUUAAUGCGUCGUGAGAGGCAGCAGUUAGUGCGAACUGUAUCAGAUCUUUUUCGACUUCUUCCUUUCUCAGUUUUCAUUAUUGUUCCAUUCAUGGAAUUCGCAUUACCGCUUUUCAUCAAACUAUUUCCAAAUAUGCUUCCAAGUACUUUCAAGGAUGCAACAAAAGAAGAAGAAAAUUUACGCAGAAAAUUAAAAGUGAGGCUCGAAAUGGCAAAAUUUUUACAAGAUACAAUUGCUGAAAUUGGCCUUGUACGGAAAUCACAAUCUACCGAUCAGUCAGCUAGUAAAGCAUUCGAGUUUGCUGAGUUUAUGAAGAAGGUUCGAACGGAAGGAGGUUAUGUUAGCAAUGCGGAACUUUUCAAAUUUACAAAAUUAUUUGAAGAUGAAUUAACUCUGGAUAAUCUUUCACUCAGUUCGCUUCGUGCAUUGUGUCGUAUGCUUGAUAUUCAGCCUUUAGGAUCUCCUGAAAUACUUCGUUUCCAGUUGAAUUUAAAGUUGAGGGAACUUAAAGCAGAUGACAAACAAAUUGCUUUGGAAGGUGGUGUAGAUGUGUUAAAUAUAAACGAUCUGCAAACAGCUUGUAGAGCAAGAGGAAUGCGCUCAUUCGGGAUGAGUGAAUUUCGUCUGAAAUCUCAGCUAAAACAAUGGUUAGAACUUUCUUUAAACGAUAAUGUUCCGCCGUCACUUCUCCUUCUAUCACGCGCCAUAUAUGUGCCAGAAGAUAUAACAUUUGCAGAUCGUCUCAAGGCACUUCUCUCCAGUCUUCCGAGUAGUAUCGCUGAACAAGCGCGACAAAAACUCACUGAACUUGAAGGUGAUAAGAUCAAUUAUAAAGCACGAUUAGAUUUAAUUCGUGAAAUUGAAAUCGGCUUGCAAAAAGAACGAGAAUCUAUGGAAGAAACUAAGAAAAUAGUGGUUGAAUCGAAAUUGGUAGCAGAUAACACUUCAACGUUGCUAGGGAGCGAACCGAUUGUUUCUGGUGCUGAAGGAGUUGCUGCUGCUGAAGUUGGGGUAAAACAACCGAGUGUAGCUGGUAAAGAUUUGGAGACAUUGGAAAAUAUAAUUCAUGGCGGUGUUGUGUUGGAGGCAAAACAUGAUAUUGACGAAUUAAAGGAAAAAUUAAGUGGACGACGCGAGGACUUAAUGGAGGUCGAUGCGUUAAUGAAUGAUCUCACUGAAACAAAAGGAGCCAAAAUUCUACAUAGGCGUAUCAAUCAUAUUAUUGCAAAUGUCGAUUCUUUAGUCGCUAAAUUGGAAGAAAAACGUCGUCAUAUUGCAGAAACUGUUGCAGAUCCUGCGAUUGAAGAUGAAAAUAAAGCCAAGUCACAUUAA